AUGGAGUCCCCAAAACUUGUCACUGUUUUUGGUGCUACAGGCAACCAAGGCGGCUCUGUUGUCCGAUCGCUUCUUCGCAAUAGUGCGGUAUUCCGUGUCCGAGGAAUCACUCGUAACCCAACCUCCCCUAAGGCCAAGGAAUUGGUUAGGGCUGGAGUUGAGGUUGUUGGCGCAGAUGGAUUUAAGAAGGAGGAACUAGUGAAAGCAUUCAAAGAUAGCUGGGCAAUAUUCGUUAAUACGAAUUCUGACGAUUCGGCUUUUGAUGAUCCAAACGGUCCUACGGAAUUGGACCUUGGUCGCGUCAUUGUUGAUGCUGCAAACGAAGUUGGCGUGGAACAUUUCGUGUACAGCUCCGCAGGCCAUAUCUAUGAAAUCACUAAAGGGGCUGUCAAAUUGGAUAUGAUGGACUGCAAAAAUAAAAUCGAACAGCUUGCUCGAAAUAGCCCCAAUAUCAAAAGUGUAACAGCUGUGUGCGCGGGCUGGUACUUCGAAAACUUUAUGUCCCCGUUCAUUGCAGAGGUCUUCGGCGGAUUCGCCCUUGAGACGGACUCUGAAGGUUAUGUCACUCUCUCGCAGCCUUUGGUUGGCGGCCCGGGCUUGGUCCCAUUUAUUUCAAUCGAGGAAGACUUCGGAGAUCUUGUCCAUGGUGUUCUGUUGGACCCAGAAACCUGGGGCGGAAAAACCAUCCAAGGAAUUAGUCACUUAGCCACCUUUCCCGAGAUCACUGAGUCUUUCACCAAAGUUACGGGCAAAAAAUCCCGCUACGUUCCCAUAGAAACCGAACAAUUCCCUACCAUGGGCGGCAUUAGGGCACUCGAAAGUAUUAGGGACAUGUAUGUAUUUACACAAUGGGCUGGUGGUCGAUAUUUCGCGAAUAUGGAGUUUGAUGUUGAGCAGGCAAAGGCCCUUAAAAAAUCAGUUCAAGCCGUGGUUGCUGCAGGAGAUCCUAAGCCAUUAAUGAGCUCCGAACAAUUUUUUGCCAAGAUGUUCAGCGGAAACAAACCUGAGUAA